AAAACGUCUAGCAGACGACAGGCGAGAGCUAUUGUGUGCAAGCCUUCAGAUCAUCAGAGACUCGAGAGAUGGUGACAGUUCCCACCGUUCUUCUCAUUUUGUCCGCACUAGCAACAGUAGACGUCGCUUCGUCAGAGAGACUAGACUGCACUGCAAGAAGGGGAUGUUCGUCGUGUCAAUGCGCCGCUCUAGGAAAAUGCGGAGGACAGAUUUUGUCUAGAGACAAGCCCUCUCAGCUUCUUCUCCAGCAGGUGUCUCCAUGCAUGAACUGCAAGUGGGCGAUAACUGCUUCUGGAAAGAAAAGAGUCAGACUUACUUUUUCGCAUUUCGUUCUUGGACCUGGAGAUAAAGUACAUGUAUUCAACGGCCACUCAACGAAGCUUAAACCCAUUGGCACUUACAUACAAGGAGACAGCCCAGCAGAUGUUGCGUCAUCCGGGAACGCUAUGACAGUAAAGGUUGUUACAGACGGCUGUGGACCGAAUCCUUUGAUAAACGCGUCUGUUAGAGCCAUCGAUUGUGGAGGUUUGAUGUACCUGAAGUCUGGAAAGGCUAAUUCAAAACACGUUCAAUCUCCUAACUUCCCUAGAAACUACCCGAAUAAUUUAGACUGCUUAUGGAUGUUUGUUAGCAGUGCGGAUUCAUUGCUAUCAGCAAACAUCAAUCUCAAAUAUGUUAGCACUGCAGAAUCACGAGACAAGUUAAUCAUUCAAGACUCUUUACAAGUGUCUGGACAAGGUGACCAAGCGAUGGAGUACUACGGCACAAAAGCAACAAGAUACAAAACUUUGAAGGUCAGAAGCUCUCCUGGCUUUACUAUUCAAUUUUCGUCUGACCAAAAAACGAGAGGGAAAGGAUUUUCGCUGGAUGUUGUCGCUUUGUCCAACGCUCGUGAUUGUUCCGUUCCAAAAAAUCCGGAAAACGGUUUAGUGGAUCUAAUAAAUGUCGGCAGUACUGCUAAAUAUUCUUGCUGUGACGGCUAUAAGAUUUUUGGAGAUGAAACGCGAUCUUGCACCAACAGAGGAUGGUCUCCAUCAGUCAAUCCGACAUGCAAACCUGUGAGUUUUUGCACUUUACCGACCAAUAUGGAAGUUUCUGAUGGAUCUUCUAAUGUGGCUAUCGGACAAGAAGUAAGUCUCCACUGCUCGAGAGGAUACAAGCUUUCAAAUUCGCUCAAAUCUCUGCCAGCAUUGUGCGACUGUAAUGGCAGAUGGAACAUAACUAUUGACCCAUCACCAUGCAAAGAUAACUAUUGUGCUGCACCACCUUCAUCCCCCGCACAAGGUGGUAUGACGCUGUAUGAAGAAAACAACAUUUCAAUUUUUCCAACAGGAUCGAGAGUGAAUUACAGCUGUCCAGAGGGGUUUGGCUUAGAUGGCAUUCCGUAUCGCGUUUGUACCGAAGACCUUGUUUGGAAACCGGAUACUAAAGUUCACACGUGCAUAAGUACAAAUCUUUACUUUAAUUUUUUUGUUAUUUUAGUGUUAUUUAUGUUUAGAAAACGGGGCUGCAUGCUCGGAUCCCGGUACACCGGAAAAUGGAGUUCGAAUAACACUUUCAUUUGCGGAAGGACGCCUUGCUUCUUUUGGUUGUGAGCCUGGCUACAAAUACUACGGAACUGUUUUGCGUACUUGCACUGUUGACGAUUCUGGCAUCACAUAUUGGGAUGGUAAUGAAGGUUAUUGUCGAAGUGAAUUCAAGUCUAUUCAAGGCUUGGGAAUUCAACUGAAAGAAACAUUUAUCGACAAGCUCACGACAUGCGUUAUUCCUGUCAACCGCACCAAUCCUACUACAACAACGCGCGUUAACCCAACGACUGUUAC